AUGCAGUGGAUGAAGGAAGCCCAGAGGCACAAGCGCAGGAUCAUAAUUGGAGUGGCAGCAGUGUCCAUCGUGGUCCUGAUCCUUGGUCUCGGUCUCGGUCUGGGACUGGAACUGCAGAGAUGUCAAGACAAAGGUGCUGUGUGUCAGUGGGAAUGCACCAAGCUGCGCUGCGGAGAGAAGCGUCUUCCUCAGAGCCGCUGCCACUGCUCCGACGACUGCAAGGCGGCCGGAGACUGCUGCUCCAACUACUACAGCGUCUGCCACGGAGAGACACAGUGGGUGGAGGAUCAAUGUGACGACCUGACAACACCAGUGUGUCCAGCAGGCUUUGACGCUCCGCCGCUGCUCCUGGUCUCGCUGGACGGACUCCGGGCCGAAUACAUGGCGUCCUGGAGCGGACUGCUGCCGGUUCUGGACAAACUCCGAACGUGUGGAACCUCAGCUCCGUACAUGCAGUCUGCCUUUCCCACCAAGACCUUUCCAAACCACUACACCAUCGUCACGGGUCUGUACCCCGAGUCCAGCGGGCUGAUCGACAACCUGAUGUACGACCCGGACCGGGACGCCACCUUCAGCCUGUCCAGCUCCGAGAAGGAGAACCCGGCCUGGUACCUGGGACAGCCGAUUUGGCACACCGCCCGGUACCAGGGACUGAAGUCUGGAACCUUCUUCUGGCCCGGGUCAGAUGUCAAGAUCAACGGCAGCUACCCAGACAUCUACAUGCCGUAUGACGGCAAAGUGCCGUUCGAGGAGCGGGUCUUCACGGUGCUGAAGUGGCUGCAGCUGCCAGCGGAGGACAGACCGGACUUCUUCACGCUGUACCUGGAGGAGCCGGACAAGUCCGGACACAGCUUCGGUCCCGUCAGCGGGGGGCUGAUCACCUCCAUCCAGGCCGUGGACAAGAUCAUGGGGCAGCUCAUGAACGGCCUGAAGCAGAUCGGAUUACACCGCUGCAUCAACAUCAUCGUGGUGGCCGAUCACGGGAUGGAGGAGAUGAGCUGCGAGCGGAAGGAGGCCAUGCAGGAGCUGCUGGGAGACACCAGCCACUACUUCGUGGUGGAGGGACCGUUCGGCCGCAUCCGGGCCCGGAACAAGGACUUCGUCAUGGACUCUGCUGCUGUUGUGGCCAACAUGACGUGUAAGAAGCCGGACCAGAAGACCAGACCGUACCUGAAGGCCCACCUGCCGAAGCGCCUCCACUUCGCCAACAGCCGCCGCAUCGAAGACGUGGGAGUCCUGGUGGAACCGCGCUGGCUGUUCGAGAGGAAUUCAGGAUCUCUGACUUUCUGCUCCGGAGGGAAUCACGGCUGGGACAACGACCUGGACAGCAUGCACGCCUUGUUCCUCAGCUUCGGGCCGCAAUUCCAGUCCAGAACCGAGGUGGAGCCGUUCUCCAACAUCGAGCUGUAUAACCUGAUGUGCGAUGUCCUGAACAUUUCCCCCGCCGACAACAACGGGACCCGCGGCAGCCUGAACCACGUCCUGAGGACGCCCCCCUUCAGCCCGGCGCCGCCCGCCGAGCAGAGCGUCCCGGAUCAGUGUCCACUGCUCAGCCUGGACCCCGAAGACCCCCUGGGGUGCUCCUGUCCAGGCCUGGCUGGAAGCUCCGUCAACGCUCGGCUGAAUCUGACGGCGGAGGAAGCGACGGCGGCGGAGAGGAAGCACCUGCCGCUGGGCCGGCCGCGGAACCUGCAGCCGGGCCAGAGCUACUGCGUCCUGCGGCACCGCGGCUUCGUCAGCGCCUUCAGCCGCCGGACCAGCAUGCCGCUGUGGAGCGCCUUCACCGUCGACAAGCCGUCCGACCUGGACCCGCUGCCUCCAGUGACGUCGGACUGUUUGAGACCGGACGUUCGCAUCCCGCCGUCUCAGAGCCAGAGCUGUGAGGACUACGCUGGCGCCGGGGACCUGGUCCCGGCCUUCCUGUACCCCCCCAAUCUGAACUCGACGGCUGACGAGCGGUUCGACGCUUUACUGAUGAGUAACGUGGUUCCCAUGUUCCGCCAGUUCAAGAGAAUCUGGGACUUCUUCCAGAACACGCUGCUGAAAAAAUAUGCAUCUGUUUACAACGGCGUUACCGUGGUGACGGGCCCCGUCUUCGACCAGGACUAUGAUGGACGGGCGGACCAGGACCAGAACCAGCAGUUGGUUCCUGGUACCAACGUCUCGGUUCCCACUCAUUACUUUGUGGUGCUGACGAGCUGCAGGGAUUUGAACCGGCCACCCAGCGGCUGUGAGGGAGAACUGCAGACCGUCAGCUUCCUGCUGCCGCACAGAGACACCAACUCAGAGAGCUGCAGGCGUCUCCUCACUAUGUUCGUGUACCUCCUCCUCCUCGCGGUGUCCGCGUGCCUGCGCGCGGCCCCGGCGGACGGCGCCGCCGCGCCGCUCCUCACCUUCUUGGACCGGGACCCGAUCACGGGCGCGCCGGUGCGCUGCGACCGCUGCCCGCCGGGCACGUACCUGCGCAGCCGCUGCUCGUCCACGCGGAGGAGCGUGUGCGAGCCGUGUCCCGAGGGCUCCUUCACCGAGCUGUGGAACCACGUCGAGCACUGCCUGCGGUGCCGCGCGUGCGGGUCCCGCCAGGUGGAGAAGGCGGCGUGCACGGCCCAGAGCGACUGCCAGUGCGAGUGCGAGUCCGGGUUCUACUUCAGACCGGAGCACGGCGGGUGCGUGCGUCACAGCGCGUGUCCGCCCGGACACGGAGUGGUGGCAGCAGGGACGCCUGACCGGGACACCGUCUGCCAGGUGUGCAGCAACAACACCUUCUCAGACGUUAGCUCCGCCCACCUGGGCUGUGAGCCGCAGCAGAACUGCAGCGCCGGCGGAAUGCAGCAGCUGCUCCGAGGCUCCUGCUGGCACGACAGCGUGUGUGGCGACUGCCGGCAGCGGCGGGACGGCGCCCUCUACCUGAAGCAGAUCCUCCCGGCGGUCCUCCUCCACCACCAGCUCAGCGCCAAGCAGCUGCGCCGUGUCGUCAACAAGCUCCCGGCCGCCGCCGGCAGGAAGCAGGGGGGCGUGGCCCAGCCGGACGCCGCCCAGCUCCUCCGGCGGAUCGGGGCGUGGCUGGAGUCGGCCCCGUCCCACCGGAUCCGGGAGCUUCCCGCCAUCCUGAGCAGGGCGGGGGCUGGUCUGGCCGCCGAGUGGCUGCAGGUCAAACUGCGGAACAUCGACGAGGCUCUGGAGGCCUGCGGCCCGGAGAACGCAGACCCAACGUCAGGAACGCCGAGCUAAAGGAAAACUACUGAUCCGGUUUCCAGUUGUUCUUCAGCCGUUUGCCAUUUAAGAUGCGCUGCAGGAGCAGAACCGUUCAGUGAAAGAAGAGCCCUCGAUCCUCAGCUGCAGAGCUUCAGACAGACAAAGUCAGGAAACACAUGGCGGGACGUUUCCUGAUCGCUGUGAUCAGCUCCAUGUCCGGCUGUGCAGCUUUCAGAGGAACUGAGAACCCCUGAAACCUGGAACCUGGAACCUGGAACACCUGGAACCUGUGGCUCGGCCUGACGAGUAUUUUAGUCAUUGAUUAAUAGCUUGAUUAUUUUUACUGUCAAUUGCUUUUAAAAAAAGACAGGUUUGUAAUUUUCUCCUCUUUACAGAAGUUUUGUUCUGACAGCGAAUGCAGACAAACUGAAGCUGCUCCUCAAUGUUCUGCUCAAAUUAUAUUAAAUCUACACGUUCGUGAAAUUUCUUUAAACCAGCAAAUGUACAUAAAAUUCCGGAAACACCCCCUGGGGGGUCCAAGGGCCUCAGCUUGAGAACCGCUGCUUUAUGCAUACUCUUAUGUUUCAAACCCUUUGCUGUUGCUGCACUGUGUUUUAAACUGAAGCUCGUUUCCCACCGGCCAAAAAACCAGUUUGAACCCGCUGACCCCCGGCUCCUCCUGGCAGGGUGGGAGGGUUCAAUCAGCACUGGACCCGGGUCGGUCCACCCUGCAGUCGCCCCGGCGUUUUAACGGCUCGGCUUCUUUUAGUGGGAGGGGCUAAAGGGAGUGUGAAAGGCAGACCGGGGUCAACGCUGCAAUUUACGAGAUGACGUCGACGCAGCGUGGCUACGUUAGCGUGGCUACAAUAGCAUGGCGACGGUAGCAUGGCGACAGUAGCGUAGCUACGUUAGCGUGGCUACGUUAGCGCGCUAGUUGUUGUUUCUAGACACAGAGUGGGAUUUCCUUCGUCAAUAUGAGCCAGGUUUGGCAAGAUAGCGAGACCAGAGAGCUUCUCUGGAUCUGUGGGGAAGAGGAGAUUAAUUCAUGCAGUUUACUUUCGCUUUGCUCCGUCGCGCUGAUGAUGUCAUCAACGUGGGACACCAUCAGGGAAAAUGUGGCGACGUAGCUCGUCGGCGGGCGGUCGGACCCGGGUCUGCAGGCGGAGGGACAGGAGUCCAGAAGCUGAAUGUUAGCAGGUGGAGGACACGGCUCGACCCGCUGGCUGCAGUGGGACCGGGGUGGAACUGAAACGAAAGUGAAGGAUUUCUCGGUGUGUGUCGGCCGUCUGGGAGGGUUUGUGCGACGGUUCUGCAGCCUUCAUGACCGAAAGAGCAGCUUCAAGUGACUUUCAGCCAGUCUGGCUGUUUUGGAGCCAUAAAGAACAUCGAACCUCUAAAACGAGGAGAAUGCGGCUCAGGAAGUCCACAUAUAGUUUAGAUUCACAAACAAAACCCAUCUUAUGAUGCAUUUAUGAAGUUAGGGAUCAGAGUAGGAACAUUUUAUUUAUUUAACCUGUUUUUCCCCUGAUUUUAACAGUCUGGCUCCUGUUUUCAAGUAUUUUUUGAUGAUAUUUUAGAAAUUUUAGCCGUUUUAACCAUUUUACCUCUUUUUGAGCAGUUUUGCGUGUUUUUUUCUAAACAUAUUUAUGUUCUUUUAGAAAUUCUAGACAUUUCAUGUUUUUUUAAGACGUUCUAUUACUUUUUCCCCAUUUCUCGUGGCUUUAGCUAUUUGUCCUGAUUUCAGUUGCACCUUUUGAACUGAUGAAUCAUUCUGAAGAGUCCUAUGGUGUAUGAUAAUAAUAAAAAUAAGUUCGAUAUUC